CGUCUCUCGUCAGUAGAGUCUCGGCGCUCGGCGAUCGCGGACGAGCCAAGACCUUAUUCUCCCGUAUAUUUCGAGGCUGACUGUGUGAAAGAAUAUAAUCGAAUAUUCGUUUUCAACAUAAUUGGAAACAUAGAUCGUUAUAUCGUGCGUAGUUACACGAUUUCAUAUAUAAAAUUCGUUUUGUGCGUGUAUCAAAUACAAUAAUCUGAACAAUGGAAGAAGGAAGAAGGUUUUGGAAGACGCUCGAUACUUCGUUACUUUCAAGGAUAUCAAUGAGGCAAGUGUUGGAUUAAAAUCAAACGGUGACGUAAAUGGAUGAUGGAAAUGGUGAAGGAAAAACCACGAAGACGUAGCGUGAGCGAACUGCUCGAUUGGAGAUCCAUUACUGGAUUGAAAGGUGGUGCUGCUAAUUUCGAAAACAAUGAUACGGAUGGAAUUUUCUUCGAGGACUAUGAUAAAAGUCCGGAAACUAGACGAAGAAAACGUUCUGGCACUUGGCCGAGAACGAGAAGCUUAAACGCACCAAGUCCAAUACAACAAUUUGGACCAUGUGGGCGUAUAAUGAAAAACUCGGCCAUGGUCAUGACCAUCCAGGAUCCAGCUUCGCAGAGGUUGACUUGGUACAAACCUCCACUCACUGUCCUCGUAAUAAAAAAGGUCCGUGAUUCGUCGGUACUACCACCGUUUGUUCAGUUGGUAACAUGGUUGAUAGAAGAAAAACGGAUGGUCGUAUUCGUGGAAGCAACCGUACUUGAGGAUUCAGCUUUGGCUCGUGAUCUAAGAUUCCAAGGGGUUCGAGAUAGAUUACAAACCUUUCGAGAUGGAACCGAUGAUCUACAGGAUAGAAUCGAUUUUAUAAUAUGUUUGGGUGGUGAUGGCACGCUACUUUAUGCCAGUCUUCUCUUCCAACAAUCCGUACCACCUGUAAUGGCAUUUCAUCUCGGUUCUUUGGGUUUUCUUACACCUUUUGAGUUCGACAAUUUUCAAGAACAAGUUACGAACGUACUUGAAGGUCAUGCGGCCUUGACCCUCCGGAGCCGUUUAAGAUGUAUCAUUAUGCGAAAAGGCGAGGAAGGUCAGCCAGCGAAAUCACCGACGAAUUUGUUGGUGCUGAACGAAGUUGUCGUAGAUCGAGGACCCUCGCCGUACCUUUCAAACAUCGACCUUUUCAUUGAUGGCAAACAUGUAACUAGCGUUCAGGGUGAUGGCCUGAUCGUUAGUACACCAACUGGCUCUACGGCUUAUGCGGUAGCUGCAGGAGCCAGUAUGAUCCAUCCUUCGGUACCUGCAAUCAUGAUCACACCGAUCUGUCCUCAUUCGUUGUCAUUUAGACCAAUUGUUGUACCAGCCGGUGUCGAACUAAAGAUAAUGUCUAACAAUAAUGCCCGCAGCACAGCCUACGUUUCCUUUGAUGGUCGGAAUCAAGAAGAAUUACGAGUCGGGGACAGUUUACGAGUCACGACAUCUAUAUAUCCUGUACCUAGUAUUUGCGCAGCCGAUCAAAUAACGGAUUGGUUUGAUUCUCUCGCUGAGUGUUUACAUUGGAACGUUAGGAAGAGGCAAAAGCACCUGGACGAGUUGAGUGACUUGACGCAUUCAUCUAGCAAUGAUACCCUUGACUCUUUGGAUCGCGAUAGCUAGACAGAAAUGUGUGUUUUCAAGAUAAAACAAAAUCAGCACAAUUGGUAAUAUCAAACGAGUCCAAAAGAUUUCGUGAGAGUGCCUCGAAAAGUGAUAAAAACAUGGAUUUUAAUCUACAUACUGGAUAACGGGUCUUGUUCUAUGUCAUUGUGAGAAAUCAUUAGAACUUCUUCUGUCAGUUGAAAUCGAUUAUUCAUAGAUAGUUUAUUAUCAAGGAUCAAACGUAUGCACGUUGGAGGAUAGAAAGCAUAGUCUUCGUUUGUCAAUUUUCUCUUUCGUUUCGGUCUUCUUUUUUUGUUUUUAUCCUAGACUGACUGUAUAUAUCCAAGAGUGAAGUGUUUCUGUCUUCGAACGUGUUAGAUCAACGUCGCUUUAUAUAUCAACGAUGAGAAAUUACAAGCCGUUAUUCGAAUUUUACAUUAUAUCCAAAAUGACUGAGAUAAACGAAGCUGGACUGCACAUAAAAUAUUAAACUACUAAUAUAAAAACGAAGAAGAUACUUAACUACUAGUUCCAAUUACGUUUAAACAUCAACGUUGAUUGUGAGCUUACUAAAAUAAUCGGAAAUGUGAUCAAAAUCAUCGGAAUUUCAUCAAAAGAAGAAAUUGAGUAUCAUCGAACAAUAAUUUGAAUUAUGCAAUUUCAUUGAUUACGUAUACUUAAGAUAAUCAUGUUCUUUGGAUUGAUUAUAAGAUGAUCUUUGUUAAACAAAGUGAACGAUGGAAUUAUAUUUAGUGUCAUCUACCGGGGAAAAUCUUCAACUAAAGUUGUUCCUUCAGAGUUAGUUCGGUUGAUUAACCGACAGAUAACGCUAAAUACUAAUUCUUAUAAAUCAUUGAUGAUUCGUAUCGUAGACUAUUGGAAUCAAGAUCUUAAAUGUAAUCAAUGAAAUCAUAUAAAAUCUCAUUUGAUUUAAUAAGAAA